AGUUCUGGAAAAUGUAUCAAAACCCAGAAAGGAAGAAAAACUGCCAAAGACUCUGACUGAGAUGUACAUCCGCUUCUUGGUGGUUCAGAUCAAAAUGAAGAACAUCAAAUAUGAUAGAGGAGCUGAGUCAGAUCCACACUGGAGUCCAAAGAGCAAGAAGAUGAUUGAGGCUCUGGGGAAACUGGCUUUUGAGCAGCUGCAGAAGGGAAACCUGAUCUUCUAUGAAUCAGACCUGACAGAGUGUGGCAUCAAUAUCAGAGAGGCCUCAGUGUACUCAGGAGUGUUCACACAGAUCUUUAAAGAAGAGAGAGGGCUCUACCAGAAGAAGGUGUUCUGCUUCAUCCAUCUGAGUGUUCAGGAGUUUCUGGCUGCUCUUCAUGUCCAUCUGACAUUCACCAACUCUGGUGUCAACCUGCUGGAAGAAGAACAAACAGCAUCAGUGCCGACUGAAGAGCCUUCAGUGAGACACUUCUACCAGAGUGCUGUGGACAAGGCCUUAGAGAGUCCAAAUGGACACCUGGACUUGUUCCUCCGGUUCCUCCUGGGUCUUUCACUGCAGACCAAUCAGACUCUCCUACAAGGCCUGGUGACACAGACAGGAAGCAGCUUGCAGAUCAAUCAGGAAGCAGUCCAGUACAUAAAAAAUAAGUUGAAUGAGAAUCUCUUGCCAGAGAAAAGCAUCAAUCUGUUCCACUGUCUGAAUGAACUGAAUAAUGACACUCUAGUGAAGGAUAUCCAAUGUCAUCUGAGUUCAGGAAGCCUGUCUAUCGUUAAGCUCUCUUCUGCUCAGUGGUCAGCUCUGGUCUUCAUCUUACUGUCAUCAGACAAAGAUCUGGAUGUGUUUGACCUGAAGGAAUAUUCAACUUCAGAGGAGACGCUACUGAAGCUGCUGCCAGUGAUCAAAGCCUCCAAAAAAGCUCUGCUGAGUGGCUGUAACCUCACAGAGAGGAGCUGUAAAGAGCUUUCUUUGGUUCUCAGUUCACAGUCCUCAAAACUGAAAGAGCUGGACAUGAGUAACAACAACCUGCAGGACUCAGGAGUUGAGUUGCUUUGUGUUGGGCUUAGAAGUCCGCACUGUACACUUGAAACCCUCAGGCUUUCAGGCUGUCUGAUCACACAGAGAGGCUUUAUUUCUCUGGACUCAGCUUUGAGCUCCAACCCCUCACAUCUGAGAGAGCUGGACCUGAGCUACAACCAUCCAGGAGACUCAGGAACGAAGGUGCUGUUGUCUCGGCUGGAGGAUCCGCAUUGGAAACUAGGCUCCCUUAGGCUGGAGCCAUGUGGAGUACAAUGGCUGAAACCAGGUCUAAAGAAAUAUUUCUGUGAGCUGACACUGGAUCUGAACACAGUACACAGACGGCUCAAACUGUCUGACAACAACAGGAAGGUGGUGCAUGUAGAAGAGGACCAGCAGUAUGUGGAUCACCCUGACAGAUUUGAUCACUGGCCUCAGCUGCUGUGCACCAACAGUCUGACCAGUCGCUGUUACUGGGAGGUCGAGUGGAGCGGAGAGGUUCAUGUUGCAGUGGCUUACAAAGGAAUAAAACGCAGAGGAAACGGUGAUGACAGCAGGUUUGGAAAAAACGAUCAGUGCUGGUGUCUGUACUGUGAUGAGGGUGAAUACUUUGCAACUCACGACUACAAAUCAAGAGCCGUCCCCGUCCCCCCCUCCUCUGUCUGUCACAAAGUAGCAGUGUAUGUGGACUGUCCUAUGGGCACUGUGUCCUUCUAUAAUGUAAUCUCUGGCACGCUGGUCCACCUCCACACCUUCAACACCACAUUCACUGAGCCUGUACACCCUGGGUUUAGAGUUAGGUUACUUGACUCCCAUAUCUACAUCUGUGCGGACUCAGAAAACUGAACCCCUGCUGCUCCGUUGCAGAGAUCUGUAAGAUAAUUUGUGCUUAUGAAGUAUCGAUAUAGUGAAGUGACUGAGCUACAACAGCAUAUCUGCCAUCCAAAAUUGUAAUGUGACAUAUUUAUUUUAAAUGUGGAUUAUCUUGGAAAUAAAACUUGUUCUCAUUC